GGAGUAACAUCAAUUGUAGGAACAGCUAUUAAAAAAAAACUAACCCUUCUUGAUCUGGAAAAUCUGCAUUGGUCUCAAAUGUCACAUGACUCAAAAUGGCAGCUCCCAGACCAGGCAAUCCAGAUCGUGGCUGGAAUGAUCCACCAGUGUUUGAUUAUCAGAGUUCAAACAACAGUUCAACGACAUUGUCAGAAUCACCUCGGCGUACGGUUCUGAAUAAAAGAGUUGCUUAUCCUUUGUCAUCUGAUCAAUCCUCGCCAACAGGUACAUGCACACUUCUCAAUCCAGUAGAUGGGCCGCCUCGUUUGCCUCCUGUUCAAAUUCUACCACCUACUACAACCAUCAAUACCCCCACUCCAGUACCAUUGGUCAUCCCAUCAUUAAGUCCCACUGCUGACCCAUGUGGGGAUCUUCUCUAGAGCCAGUCAUCAUCUCACCAGAAGCUGGUGCAAUGACUGCCCAGCCAGUUCUGUCUUCAGAUAAUGUGUUCUGCACCAAAUCACUGAAGGACUUGCUAGAUGAACUGUCACUGCACUCAGAAGAGUCUCUCUUGGAUUAUGUCAAAGAGGGCUUGCAUUCAGCUGCAGAUUCUGUUAAACAGUCUUUACAGGGCCGAGCGCUUGAAGAUGUUAAAAGAAAGCUACUGUUGAUGGAAGAAUGGUGGGCUGCUGGCAAGAUAUCAGACACUGUCAAAACAAGGAUUGGAUCUUUAGUGGCAGCAUUGAAGAAGAAGUGUCUUGAAGAGGCUCAUGAAAUCCACCUUGCCCUGAUGAUCAACCACACUCAGGAGGUCCACCAAUGGCUUGUUGGUAUCAAUCAUAUCAUUCAGGAGAUGCGUACAUCAGCUACAGGAGGUGAAGUACAGGAGGAGGGUGCAGAUCAGCCAGUGCUUGACCCCUGUCUGACCCUGGAGUACAUGACAGGACUGCAGCCUGAAGAGGAAGGUGCUCAACAGGCAUGGUCGCUGUCUGGCCCCACCCAGGUGAUGGAAAAGGAGCCACAAGAGUCAAGUGGAGUGGACACAACACCUUCCCACUUAACACAGACAGAACAAACGGAAGACCAGAGCUGAUAGUUUUGGACACUGGUAACACAAGGCUAUCUCAAUAUCCCAAUUUUUGCAGUGUUCUAGUCAUGCAGUUAAAAAAAGUUGUAAGCACAGAAUGCAGGUGUUUAUAUUGGUACCUGACAUACUGAUGAAAUUUCUGGUAAAAGAGUAGUCAAAUGAAACGUCUUCUUGACUUCCUGUAUCGAGCCAAACUGUUUGUCAGACACAGUGAAUCUCCUUUAUUUAAUUAAAUAUUUUGUUUAUUUCAUUUUUGAAAAGACUGAUCUUCUCAAUUAAUAAAAAAGAUUUGCAGGAAACUUGGCAUUAGGAACAGAACUUACAUUACUUUGGCUAGUGGUUUUACUAUAUUAAGAAGUGUUCUCAGUUUUAGCAAUAAUUGUGUACUUGAGUAUCAUAUCUAUUAGAUUAUACUUUAGCAAAAAAGAGGAAGAAAAUAUGCAUAGUUUUAGCAAGUAAUAUAUAUGUAUUCUUAAGUAAAAAUAAUGGAAAAAAUGUUUUGAUGGUUGAGGUAUAAACCUUUCACUUAAUAAGACACAGAUGGCGAAAUUGUAUUUUCCCACUGGUCAAAUGGCUUGGUAUGAAUCUUCUGAAUCCUUGUUGCUAUACUUAUAUACUUUUAUUUUUGCACCAGGGGCAUUUUGUGACAAGCAUAUAUUAUUGUAGUACUCUAGUGUUAUAUGUGUAAAAUUAUGCUUUUUCUCACAGAACAAAUGAGCUCAUACUUUGCCAGUAGUUUUGUCUCUGUGCUACCUUUUAACAUUUUCCUUCAAACCACCGAGCAGUUGCUACAGUUGUUACAUUUUAUUUAUUGAUUAGUUUCCCAAAAGCACUGAAGUAGAAAAUGAAAAAAAUGGAAGAUGUAAUGUUGAUUGCAGUGACCACAGAAUGAAAUUCUAUGAAAAACUGUUGAGCUUGCUAAAGUGCUGUAGAGUAUGUAACUAGUCAUUGUAAACUCAGCACAGUGUUGAUUUCAUUAACUCUUUUUGUUUAGUGUCAUUUACUUUUGUUACUUAAAAUAAUACCGUUCUGGAAGCCAUUGAGUUCAAAUUGUAAGUUGAAGGUUUUCAAAUAAUUGCAUUAUUUAUACAUUUAUCAUUUCUGCUUCAUAAAUAGGGAACAUUUUAAUUUGGGUAAUUAUUAAUAUGAGAAAUUAAGGGUUAAUACAGAUACAAAGCUUGAUGGUAAAGUCUCAUUUGACCAUUAAAUAUCUUGGGAUAGAUUUUCACUAUCAAGACAGGGGGCAGUGGUGCAACAGCUAGCAUCUGUCACUGCUACAAUAAAGGUUGGCUGUCCCUGGGUUCAGUUGUCAUGUUGGGCACGUUGUUCCUUCUCUGCAUGUGGCAUCUGUUUACAUGGCUGGCUGUAGAAAUAGCCUUGGUUGCUGGCUCAGCGUAAAACACCAAUUCACUAUCAAGGUCACGAAUAGAUUUUUCCAUAGGUCCAUGACAUGAGUCUAUGAAUGCUGUAAAAUGUAUUGGUAACUGUAGCCUAUAGAAAACCUGUAGCACUUACUCAAAAUAUAAGCAUUUGUGGAAGUUGGACUGUACAGGGUUCAAAGGUGGAGAGCACAUUAUGCACUUUAUUGCAAACACCUAUGAAAAGAGUGUGUGAGAGAGAGAAUGUGCAUGUACAGUAGCAAAAUAUUUUAAGAAAUGUAACAAGCCUGUUAAUGUUUCGUGCUUGGUGCGGCGAAAUCAAUAGAAUUACUGUAUAUGUUAUGAUUUUCAUUAUUCUGGAUGAACUUCUGUUACAUUAGGAUGAAUACAGUUUACUCAUCGACGUGAAUUAAUAACUUGAACUUUUUACAUGCAUACAAGGUUUUUGUAUUAAAAAUGGUAUUUUUAUGAUUUAUUUUUCUAAAAAGAAAUGUUCUAUAAUCUUGUCUGAAAGGUAGAUGACAUCACUGAGUUAAUAAGCAUCAGAAAAUUAGUGAAGUUUUGUUCCAUGCAGGCUCUACACUAUGGUUAUCUUCCCAACUAUCUUGCUCCAAGGCAAAUAAUCUGUUGGGAUUAUGAUUAAAGUACUGAUUCAGUUGUGUAAAAUUACAAAAUGUUGAUUUCAAUAUGCGCAGUUAAUCUUUGCCAGUUUGUAUCAUUACAUAAAAAGGUAAUUUAAGUGCAUUCGUUGAUUUGGGGCAUUUUUUGGUUGUUUUAUUUAUCAGCAUAAUGAGGUGCUUAAUAUGGUGUUGUAAAUAAGGACCUUCAAUGUGACGCUUGAAAGGUAUAAAUAAAAUAAAAUUGUGUAUCUGAA